ACAUUGAAGGGUUUAAAUUGCAGCUUUUGACAAUUUAAGUGUAUAUUUGGGCCAUGGGCAAAACCACUUUUCAUCCAAAGUGUUAGGUGCAAAAUGGCACCUUUGCCCUUCUAUUUUUUAGAACAAAAAAAAAACCAGUUACAUCACAGAAACCCGAUAUCUCACGAUUUUCUUAACUACCUCCUGUUCAGCUCAACUACCUACGUUGAGCUGCCGCCUCAUUACUAUAUCUCUCUGUUUCUCUCUCUCUCUCUCUCAAUUUGCAAAAAUGGAGAAGAGAUCAUGGGACUACUGGGUAGAGGAAGCACUUGAAAGGCUUGAGUCGUUAAAACUGCUUCGAUCUCUAAGACCCAUUUACUUAUCCAGAGAAACUUAUUCACCAAAAUCCGAACCACUUGAAGUGGCUGGCGAUGAUUACGAGGUGUUCGAUGAAAUGCAGCCUUGGGAUCGCUCUUCAGUUGAAGUCUCCAUUUCUGAUUCCACAUUUCACAAAUGGCUCCUUGAAACUCCCAGUUCAGGAGAUGAGAUUGUAAGUGGAAAUGGAGUAAUGGGUCAUUAUGUUGAGCAGUCAAAGAAGCUACUUUUAUUCUCUGGCAAUGACUACUUGGGUUUGAGUGCACAUCCCACAAUUGGGAAGGCUGCUGCAAAGGCAGCCCAAGAACAUGGCAUGGGACCGAGAGGUUCUGCUUUAAUCUGCGGAUACACCAAUUACCAUAGGUUACUAGAGUCUUCGUUGGCAAACUUGAAGAAGAAAGAGGAUUGUCUUCUUUGUCCUACAGGGUUUGCUGCUAAUAUGGCAGUGAUGGUAGCCCUUGGAAACAUCAGCUCUCUUUUGGCUUCAGCUGAAAUACCUCUGAAGAAGGAAAAGAUUGCCAUAUUUUCUGACACACUGAAUCAUGCUUCAAUAAUUGAUGGUAUUCGUCUUGCUGAACGUCAACAGAAUGUAGAGGUGCAUGUGUAUAAACACUGUGACAUGUCCCAUCUUAGUUCAUUAUUGUCAAAUUGUGCAUUAAAGAAGAAAGUUGUCGUAACUGAUAGUAUGGAUGGAGACUUUGCACCGAUGGCUGAGCUUGUGAAACUUCGCAAGAGGCAUGGCUUUUUGUUAGUCAUUGAUGAUUUCUUUCAGGCUCAUGGAACAUUUAUUUGUGGCAAAAAUGGUGGUGGAGUGGCUGAGGAAUUCAACUGUGAAAAAGACGUCGACAUAUGUGUUGGAACCCUGAGUAAAGCUGCUGGUUGCCAUGGCGGAUUUAUUGCAUGCAGCAAACAGUUGAAGAAACUCAUACAAUCAAGGGGGCGCUCUUUCAUAUUUUCAACUGCUUCUCCAGUCCCUGUUGCUGCUGCUGCCCAUGCUGCUGUUAUUGUGGCAACAAAAGAAGUGUGGCGCAGAAGGGCAGUUUGGAAUAGAGUGCAAGAGUUUCAGGCUUUAACUGGAAUCCCAAUCACAAGUCCUAUAAUUUCCCUUGUUGUAGGGAGUGAAGAGAAAGCCCUGAAAGCCAGCCGGUACUUGUUAAAAUCUGGCUUUCAUGUGACUGCAAUCAGGCCUCCAACAGUGCCUCCCAACUCAUGCAGGCUACGAGUGACUCUGAGUGCAACUCACACAGCAGGCGAUUUGAAGGAACUGAUAGCAGCACUGUCCCAUUGCAUCAACUUUCAGGAGAUCGGCAGCCACAGCUUCAGUGGAUACGCAAGACUCUAGAUCUCAAUCUGGGUUCAUCUUCCUACCAAUUUCUGAAGAAUGAUUGAUUAACUAGCAUUGUAAUGAGGCGCUAGGGCACGCAUACUUGCUGUGUAUUUACAUUCACGUCUUGUUGAGGUGUAGUUUCUAUUUCAGCUCAUUAUAUUAUAUAUUCCUUUGUCAAAGUUUAGAGUAAGCAUUCAGUUGAUAUUGCGAGCAAGUAGAUUUCAGUUGUUCCUAUUCAGUAAGUUGAAAGCUAGUGUAAGCCUCUGCAAACAUAAUUCGUAUCAAAAGGAAAUGUUCAGUAA